AUGGGUUCGCCGAUUUCGGGACUCAUCGCCGAGGCGGUCAUACAACGGCUGGAGUCGCUGGUCAUCCGACACCACAGACCGAAAUUCUGGGCCCAGUAUGUGGAUGAUACCUUCGUCGUCAUCGAACGGGAUCAGGUGCUGACAUUCAAAGAACAUCUCAACGCCGUCUUCCCGGACAUUCAAUUUACGAUGGAGGAGGAGGAGGAAAACAACCAGCUGGCCUUCCUGGAUGUCCUCGUAUGCCGCAAAGAUUGUGAUGGAUUAAAGACCAAAGUGUUCAGGAAAGCGACAAAUACGAUGCAAGUACUGAACAUUCGACUGCAACCACCCAAUCAGCCACAUACGCAGUUGUGUAAGGACGCUCUAUCGGCGUGUCGAAACGCACUGCAAUGA